AUGAGCAAAAAUCGCCCGAACUUCUGUCUCUCAAGCCGCGGGGCCCGCCGGCGACUUCCCGGAACGAAGUUGGCGCUCGCGUACGCCAGCGCCAUGGUGAUCAAGGAGGGCUACCUCGAAGAGGAUGAGAAGCGCUUCUUGUCCUCCUACAAUCACAGUCUGAAGGGCCUGCUGCAUGGCAAGCCGCCGCGGCCUGGCUUCGAGGCUGGGGGCAAUGUCCGGCGGGCGCUGGACUGCACUCUGCCAGUGGUGGUCGCCUUUGCAGCCUCCCUUGCCAGCUUCCUGUUGCCGCGGAUCGCCACUCUGGGCUGCGUGGCGGUGGUGGUGUACAUCCUCGGAUCCCUGAAGUGCUCCCUGGGGGUCUUGCUGCUCAGCGUGCUGGUUGGGAAGAUACACCAGAACCACCACGAGCGGGCAGUGAUCUACUAUAGCUGGUUCCCCUGCUGGAAGCUGGUGCUGUCGAUGGCCGCCUGCGUGCUGGGGGGGUUCUGCGGGCAUCAUCUCUGGGAGAACUACUGGCAGCAGUACCAAGAGGUGUCCCUGCUCAAGGCCUACCGGGGCAUCGACCCCGGGGUGGUCCCGGGCCGGCAGAUCCAGGACGCCGGGGCGGUUGACUUCGCCAGAAGCGCGGGGGUGGACACCGAGCACGCGGGCUGCUUCAUGCACGCGGGCCGCACCUACUGCGUGGCGCCCAUCGUGACCAACGGAACGAUUCAGCACGACAUCGGCAACGCGCCCCGCUACGGCAGCUACGACUACUUCGCGGUGGGGGUGGACUGCUGCAGCUGCCCGGACCUGGACUUCCGCUGCGGCCCGGUGGCGCACCCCUGGGCCGAGGGGGGCAUUCGCUCCACAGACCUGGAAGCCAGGCCCUUCUUCAGGCUGGCGGUGGAGGCGUGGGCCAGCAGCUUCCGGAAGACCGCCAGCCACCCGCUCUUCUUCGAGUGGGUGGAGUCCCCGGUGAAGCACUGGAAGAACCUGCGACAUAACUUCUGGAAGCGCCUGGUGCUAGUUCUGCUGCUCGCAGUCGGCGGCACCUUCGCCUUUGCGCUGACCUUGGCGCGGCUGCAGCAGGCCUUGGUGGCCCAUCAGCUGGCAUCGCCUCUGCAGGUGCCGGGGCCUCCCGAGGGCUUCGGCGACGCCUGGCGCCGGUUCCUGCCGGAGAUGCUGGCGAGCUAUAAGGAGCAACAGCUGCGAGCCACGUCCAUCGCUGACACCCCCGAGAGCCUGUACGGUGCGACCACCUCGAGCCAAUCCGCCUGAUGCCCUGAUUGCCGCAGACAUGUUUGGCAGGAUUGUCCUGAGACAGGACUGGACACGUGAUGCAGUCGCUUUCCAAGUCACACUUCUGCGGCUUGCGGA